GCAGGGUGUGGAUGCAGGCAUGUUUGGAGAGAUCCUGAGUUACAUCUACUCGGGAACCCUCCAUGUGUCCCUGGACAAAGUGCAGCCCCUGUACCAGGCAGCCGACCUCCUCCAACUGGACUAUGUGAGAGACACCUGCAGCAGCUACAUGUUCAUGAAUGUGGAGCGCUCCACAUGUGUGGACCUGUACAAGUUUGCUGAUGUCUUCUCUCUGGACAGUAUACGGAAAACUUGUCUGAAGUUGAUCCAUAGACACUUUGUUGAGUUUUCCUUCAAUGAGGAAUUCUGCAGCCUGAGUGUGAAUCAGCUGGCUGAGAUCAUCAGCCAAGAUGAGCUGGAUGUUAAAGAGGAGACAACAGUGUGGGAGGCUGUGGUGAGAUGGGUGCAGCACAGCAGGGAGGACAGACUGCACCACCUACCCAGCAUCCUCCCUCACAUCCGCUUCAAUCUGCUGACCUCAGAUGACACGGCAGCCAUCUUGGAACACCCCCUGGUCAGGGAGAAUCCUGGGGGUUCUGCCAUAAGAAACGCAGUGAAGGGGACUUCUAACCUAAAGAAAAGAUUUGGGAUGGACACACUGGAAAUGGCUUUGCUUUUCACUGAAAGGUCCGGGGACAAAAGCACAAAAGAGAUUCUGUGGACGAACCCCGGAGAAGGGAAGCACAUAAGGUGCAACUACAACAUACCUCAACUUGCAGGAACAGUUACUAGAGACAAUGACAUCUACCUCCUGGCUCAAGAUUCACUUACGAUGAACGAGCUGCUUAAGUAUAACCACAUAAGAAACGAAUGGGAACAUAUGUCAUCAGUAAGGGAAUUAAACCCAAACGGCAGCAACAUACUAGCGUCACCCGACUACCUUAAGGAAAUUGAUGGACAACUUUUCUACCUCGUGGUGACAUCCUCAGAGUCUCAUGUGGUGUUGAGGAAAUACGACCAGGAAACAAACAGGUGGCACACAGUGCCACACACAAGUUCGACACCUAAUGGGUGGUUCGACCAGAACUUGGUAGUGUCCUGCAACCGGCACAUCUAUCUCUUUACAGAGACAGAAAUACAUUGUUACAACCCAAGGGCAGACCAGUGGUGCAGAAAAAACAAGUCAGACAACAUUCAGAUCGCAUUGCACAACGCAGUUGCCAUUGGAAGAGAGAUCUUCUGCAUAGCUAUGAGCUUCGACAAAAUAAUGGUGUAUGACACAGAGACCGACAGCUGGUGUGAGCUUCCAGGAUGGCUGAACACAGCUAAUGAAAUUGGAAACAUCGCUCUAUUUGCAAUCCAAAAGAAGCUGCAUGCAGUGGUUGAUUAUGAUGGCUUAGGUUCACGUGAGCACAGAAAUGGUCAGCAGGCGUUUGUGUAUGACGGGUUUGAAGGUGUUUGGAAAGCGUUGUCUGUCCUGCCCGAAGAACGUUGGUAUAUGUAUGAUCCUAUGAUACCCGUGGCUCGUAUGUACCUUCCAUAUCUGAACCCCAGCCCUGCCAACACAGAAGGUGCAGGAAACACAGAUGGUAGACCUGGGUUAUAAUAAGUAUUAUACGUAUUGGUAUUAAAUUUAACAGGAUAGUCCAAAAUGACAUGCUGUAAAGCUGUAUGAUAGCCUGAGUGACUAAUACCACAACUAUCUAAGAUUUGAUGGAUGUACUGGAGUUUGCCAGUUUUUGUACAUUUGAGACAUUUUUCUUACUCACCGCAAAUCUUCGCCAAACGAUAUUUACGUACGUAACUGCAUAACAUUUUGAUUGACUACUAGUAACUACUAUUUGGCUUACGGUAUCUUAUUACCACGAUGUAUAACCUUCAAUGAUGUAUCAUGGUAAUUCUUCUUUGAUGCGUCUUUGACAAGUCAGUGAAAUGUUGGAAAAUGUGAGAUUAACCUUACCUGAUGUUGAAUUGUGCAACAUCCAUCUGCCAGGUAGCAUUAUCUAUCUGCUACCUUGAAAAAAAAAACGUGUUCGAGAAAUCAGUAGUGUAGUACCCCCGCUGGCCAGGUAUGCACAGGCAGUACUGUAUUGUACUGGUAGAUAUUGCAUGGAAGAUGUUGCCUGGACUGCCUGGCCAUAAUGGCCAUUGUUAUAGCCAUUACUAUCAUGUUUUUGCUAUAAACUUGUACCAAAAAUUAGAUUGUUUUAACAAUUAACAUUUACUGUUGAAAUUAUAUUAUCACUAUUAGUUUCCUGCCAUACCUGCUUAUCCCAAUGGGUCUUUUGUUUUUAUUUUCAAUAGUUCGUUGAGCAUUGUUGAUACAUGUAGUAAAUACUUUUAUGUGGUUUUAAUAAGUCUAUCGAUAACUGCAAGAAAACGUUCAAAGUGAUGUAACAGUCAAGGAUAGAUACAGAUGAAAUGUAAGGAUAACAUGUCAUAUAAGUCAGUCAGUGACAUAGUCAUACGCUGUAUUACAGCACCGUUGGGGUUACAUAUGGCGACCACUUCAGCACUAGUGUUCCAGUGCUGACAGAGGAGACCGUUACUUUUGUAUAUUUGUCGUAGUGAUAUCAGGAGACACGUAUUCUUAUAGUGCAACAUUUGAGUAAAUUCCCACAGAUAAAAAUGUGUUAUCAUUAGUUUUACUAUCUUGUUACAUUUGCUUGUUCACGUCAUCGAACUUCUUCAAUAAAGCUGUCAGAAUUACAUUUU